AUGGAGCCAUUCGUCCACAACACGCAGUAUUCCAUUUUGAUAUGCACAUUAUGUCAGUACGCCGUAUUAGCCAACGAAGCCACGGCGCAUUUGCGGAAUAACCAUCGGUCAAUCCCCGCCGAGGCCAGGAGCAAGGUCGCCGGAUUAGUCGGCGAUAUUCCCGGCAUCAUCCGCAGCCAGGCCGAUUUGCAGUCGUUUCAAUACCCAGACCCCACGGUCGAGCCAGUUGCCCAUAUCGCACCGCCCCGGGCGGACGGUUUGCGUUGCCACGCAUGCCGUUAUGUGUGCCGCCGCGUGCGAAACAUGCAGGAGCAUUGCCGGGCAGAACACCGGUGGGCGAAUGAUUGGCAGAAGGGGGGCAAUGUGCGCAAGAAAGCCACGGCAGUCAGAGAUUUGCCCGGAUGGUUCGAGGUCGGGCGGGGGUUAGGGGUGGCCGUUCAAAGCGAGCCAUCGGGGCCGGGGACGGACGACACGGCGUGGUUCGUCACGUUGCACGAGAACCAAGAGAAGCGGUUCGAGGCCGACGCGCGCGAGGAGGUCAGUACAGUGGACGAAAAGUUGGAGCCGAACGGGUGGUUGUACCGCGUCGGGUGGACGAGGGAUUUGGAAGGGUUGAACAAGACGCAGUUACAGGAGGCCACGCGACCAAUUGAGGAUGGCGAGGAGACGUUAGAGGCCAUAUGGGCCGUGUUCAACAGCGUCGCCGACAAGGCAUGCGCAACAGCAGCACCGCACAAGGUCGGGCACGACGUGUUGUUCGAGGCGGAGCGGAAGGAGAUCGGCCAGAAGCCGGUGCGGCCAUUCGACAACCGCAUGGAGGACGACACGUGGCAGCGGUACAAGGAGGUUUGGCGUAAGAUGGUGAGCAUAUGGUUCCGCAUGGACGAGUGGCCGGAGCGCGAGCGGCCGCCGUAUCGGUUCACCAUGCGUCAGGGGUCGUUGUGGGAUGCGUUCACCAGCCGUGUCGAGGCGGAUGUCGGCAGCAGGCAGGCCGCGCAGGCGGAGGAGGUCGAGAGGAUGUGUUUGGACGCCAUCAUCGCCAUCAUCGAGGACCCGUACAAGCAGAGCCAAAAGGAGAGCGCGAUGAUCGGCGCGUUGGCGGUGUUGGGCAUCCGCGAGGACGGCGGGUGGCACCAGGCGACGGAGUACACGACGAAUUAUUCAGCCGUGAUCAAGGUGGCCAAGAUGUUCGUCGUGUACCAGGCGUGGUUGGAGCGGAAGGACGAGGUGGUGGCGUUGACGGCGACCAAAGGGGCCGAGGCGGCGUACGAAGAGGCCAGCAGCGUGUUCCAUUUGGUGCGCGACAAGGUGCGGCGGUUCAUGACGCGGAUGCCCGGGCGGCCGGACGACGAGCCCAGGGCGAUGAAUUGGAUUUACGACGCGCGCACGUACGGGAUGCAUAUCCGGUUUAACACGGUGGCGCCGGGGAUGGUGGAUUGGAGCGGCGACCGGAUAUCGUUCCGGCGGGUGCGGGUGCGGGUGUGCGAGUUGGCCGAGAUGUUCCACGGGGUAGCGCAGGAGGCGCGGACGUUGUUGGCGCAGUUGGCGGUGGUGGACGGGGAUGGGGAUAGGGAUAAUGAUCCCGACAGGGACGGGCACGGCGAUGGGUACGGAGGCCGAUCAGCGUUAGCAGCAGCGUUGCCCGCCAUCAGGUGGGACAGCAUGCACGACGACCACAGCCAGGACCGGCCGGGGUAUUCGUUUUUACACGACGACCGCAACGAGGCGUGGGUGGGCAAGGGGAAGGGGUGGAUCGCACGGCGCAUCGCAGAGUCGGAGGCACGGCGGCGGGCGUGGUUAGACCCAACGCGAGGGGCGGCGGCGGCGGCAGUGGCAGCAGCAGCAGCAGCAGCAGCAGGACAGGCGGAGGAGGUCACGUCCAACCGCAGCGAUAGCCACCACCCAUACCGCGAGAGGACGGUGCAGGCAUACAGACAGGCGUUGGAAUCGUUCCGGGAGCGGUUGUGGAUGUUGAUGCACAUGGUGGCAGGGCAGCCGGCGCGGGCGCCCGAGUUAGCAGGCAUCAGACACAGCAACACGGCCAACGGCGGGGUCAGGAACGUGUUCGCACACGACGGCAUGAUAUGUUUCGUCACGUCGUACCACAAGAAUUACCGCCAGACGGGGACGGCCAAGGUGAUACACCGGUAUUUGCCGCGCGAGGUCGGCGAGUUGUUGGUGUGGUAUUUAUGGUUAGUGUUGCCGUUUUGGCAGCAGGUAGGAGGCAUCAUCCAUCAGACGGACCGGAAGAGCGCAUUUUUAUGGGCGGACGACGUGGUUGUAAGGGGCAGGGCGGCGGGCGAGGCGAGCCGUGAUAACACCAGGGGCGACGAGCGCCGCAAUAACACCAAGGACAACGACGCCCGUGACAACACCGAGGACGACGACGCCCGUGACAACACCAUCACAGACGAGAGCGCCAACGCCACCCCCGGCCGGGCGCCGUGGACGGACGAACGGUUGUGGACGUCAGACAAGGCAAGGCGGAUCAUGCAGCAGCACAGCGAGCGGUUGGUCGGCAGCAAGAUCAACAUCAGCGGGUGGCGGCACAUGGCCGUCGCCAUCGCCAACCGGUAUUUGAACGAGGCGUUCGGACGGGCAGACGACAAAAACAACGACAACGACGACAACGACGACGACAUAGGCGUCGAGGACAGCGCAUUGGAUUUGCAGGCCGGGCACGGCACGCACGUGGCGGGGAUGAUAUACGGGCGGUUGUACCAGGAGGCACCGUUCGGCACGGCGGCGUUGCGGGACAGGUUCCGGGCCGUCAGCCGGCAGUGGCACCGGUUGUUGGGGUUCGGGGCGGAGGACCGGGGCGGCGGGGCACCCACCAAGCGGCGGCGGACGGCGACGACGGCGGCGGACGAGGAGUUCGAAGGGCAGCGGCGGCGGCGGUUCACGCGGUUGCAGUUAGCCAACGCCGGCGGGCAGUUGCGGCAGAUGAUGGGGGACCCGCGGGCGGCGUUCCGCGGCCAGCAGGAGCGGGUCAUCCGGUCGAUCAUGCGCGGGGACGACCCGAUCGUGCAGGUGACGGGCACGGGCGGCGGCAAGAGUUUGUCGUUCAUGUUGCCGGCGUAUUGCGCACCGGACGGGGUGACGAUCGUCGUGACGCCGUUGGUGGCGUUGCGCACCGACAUGGACGCGCGGUGUUCGAGGUCGGGGUUGGCGUCGACAACGUGGCGCGGCGGCGGGCGGGCCAACACGGCCGCAGCAACGGUGGUGUUCGUGACGCCCGAGUCGGCCGUCACGCAGGGAUUCCGGGAUUUCGUCGGGCGGUUGCAGCGGCGGCAGCAGUUGGACCGGGUGGUGUUGGACGAGUGCCACGUCGUGUUGGAUGGGUCGAGGGGGUUCCGGCCGGCGUUGCGGGCGUUGGGGCGGACGGUGCAGGAGUUCGGGGCGCAGUUGGUGUGUUUGACGGCGACGUUGCCGCCGGCGGAGGAGCGGGAGUUUUUCGCCGUGACGGGGAUCCGGCAGGAGCGGGUGCGGGUGUUCCGCGAGGCGACGACGCGGAGGAAUAUCGAGUAUGGGGUUGUUGUCGUUGCGUUAGGGUCAGGGGGUGGGGGUCGUGGUCGUGGUCGUGGUGCGGCAAGCCACAGGCGCCGGGCAGAGUCAGGGUUAGGGUUAGGGUCAGGUCGGGAGGGUGAGGACGGCGAGUUGAGCGCCGUCGAGGAGCGCGGUUGCCAGGAGGUCAGGGAUUGGUUGCGGCAGCAGCCACGCGGCAAGGCGGUGGUGUACAGCAGCACGAUCGAGGGCGUCGAGCGGAUGGCCGAGGCGUUGGGGUGCGCAGCGUUCCACAGCAGCAUCGGCAGCACGGAGGACAAGGCGUCGAGGUUGGAGGCGUGGAGGAUGGGCGACGGCGCCGAUGGGGGCGUCAUCGUGGCGACGAACGCGUUGGGGUUAGGCAUCGACGUGCCGGACGUGCGGUUGGUGGUCCACGCGGGCAUGCCGCGGCGGUUGCGGGAUUUCGUCCAGGAGAGCGGGCGUGCCGGGCGAGACGGCCAGCCAAGCCGGUCGGUUGUUAUAUGCAGUAGGGCAGCCGUGGAGGAGAAGGAGAAGGAGAAGCAGAAGGAGAAGGAGGCAGGGGAGGCAGAGAAAGAUGGGAGGGCAGCCGGAGGGGGAUGGGAGGUGUCAACAAGGACAUACAUCAGGGGAGAGGUAUGCCGGCGGAUUGUGUUAGACGAGGUCAUGGACGGGCGGGUGGACCGUCCAGGGUGCGAGGAGGGCGAAGAGGCAUGCGACAUAUGCCGGCAGAGGGCGUCGGAGGUGAUGUGGGUAGACGACGGGGAUGGAGAUAUGGAUAGGGACAAGGACGGGGAUAGAGAGGGACAUGGAGCCAGAGAAGACGAAGAGAUCAGGGCCGCGUUCGAGACCAGUCAGCAAGCCAGGCAGUUCCGCCAGUGGCAGGCCAGGGCAGAGCGUUCAGGGUUAGGGGAGGAGGGGGAGACGUUCAAGCAGCAGUUGGCGCGGUGGGCGGGACGGUGCACGUAUUGCGGGAUACGCCGGAGAGAGAGCGACGGGCACACGUUAGACGAUUGCCCAGGCCGCGGGGAGCAGGCGUGGGGGUGGACGGCGCAGUACAGGAGGCAGAUGGAAGAGGCCAUGUUCGACGGACGGAUGAUGGAGAAUUUCAGCAGUUGUUUCCAUUGCGGAUUGCCGCAGGGUUGGUGUCGGCGAUGGGAGCCGUUGGGCGAGGACGGCGGGCGGUUCACGGAGGUCGAGGGCGGUUCAUGCCAGUACCAAGGGUUGAUGGUUACGAUGUUCGCCGUCGCAACGAUCGGUGUGGGGUCGAGGGUGUACGAGGAGACGGUGAGGGCGAUGCGCAGAGCGGACGGGUUAGAGGAGUGGGCAUCGAGCGAGAAGGAGGUAUAUAAGUGGUUAGGGCAGAUGAUCCAAUGGGGAGGGGUGCAGUCAAGCAAGUUGUGCCGGUUGACAAGCCAGUUGUGGCAGAAGGCAGUAGAGGGCGUAGCAGAGGGGUGA